UUUCAGAAAUAUUGCACGUUAUCAGUGAUAACCCUAACCUUGACAUCUAUUAGAAAAAGUGCACACGUAAUAAUCCAAGGAAAAUAUUAAUAUUAAUGUGUUCCCAGUGAUCAAUUUAAAAACUAUUUACGUACGAAAACUUUUGUGAUUGGAGUAUUGUUAUAUAACCAUAUUUUAGUUUAAAUAUGCAUAAAUAUUCAACUUGUUGGACUGGUGUUUUUAUUUGUGUUCACAUUCUAUGAUAAUUUUCAUUAUUUUUCAAUUAAGAAAACUUUUAUUUUAAUCAAUUCAAAAUGAGUGCAAUUUUGAAAAAACUCUUGGACCAGCUAAAAAGCAAGGAAUUUAGAGAUUAUUUAAUGAGCACACAUUUCUGGGGUCCUGUGGCAAACUGGGGCAUUCCACUAGCAGCUAUUGCUGACACGAGGAAGGACCCAAGUUUCAUUAGUGGCAAAAUGACAGUUGCUCUCUCGCUCUACUCGAUAAUGUUCAUGAGGUUCGCGUGGAGGGUGCAGCCUCGCAACUUGCUCCUAUUCGCGUGCCACUUCACCAACACCUGCGCGCAGGCCACGCAGGGCGCGAGGUUCGUCAACUACUACUAUAUACAGGGUGAGCCGAAUAAACCAGCCAAGGAAGCCGUCGAAGCGAAAUAAUCUAGCCUGGAUCUACUCGUAUACUUGUUCUAUUCCACGAUGACCGCUAAGCCUUGGUUUCAAUAGUGAGUGUACAGUGCCCAGCAAAUAACUUGAGCAUUGACGCGAUUGGCUGGCCAAUGGCGCGUGCAUGCGAUUGGUUGAUCAGUCGGCACUACGCCCACUAUAACAAUGUAUGUGUACGUGUGCACUCACACAAACACAACCAAACAGUCUUCGUGUAAUAGAACAAAACUAAUCCUAACUGAUUAUUUGGGUUAGUAUUGUAAUAUACGUUUAAAAGGCGACUCCGACAAACAAGCGAUGGAAGCAGUCGAAUCCAAAUAAUUUAUAGCCAAUAAACAGUGUAAUUAGGAUUAAUAUAAGUUUGCACAACUCGAUAUAUUUGAUACGAUUGCGAGUAUAAAUUUUUGUAGUAAUGCUUCUAUAGGGGCGACUUGAGAGUUAUUCAGUUGUUUUUCGAACCAACCAAUGUCAAAAGAGCUCGUUGACCAUCAUUCAGUGUUAGACACUGAGUUAGCUAGUCACCCCGAUGGUCUUACUAGUCACAGAAAAAAAAGAGGAGGCGAAGUGUAAGGUUACUCGAAAUCUGUCAAUGUGGAUGAAAUGUGCAAACUUGUACUAACCCACAAGUUGUGCGAAACUUCCAGCUAUGACCGUAGCCUCAGUUAGGGAACUAUAAGUAUAGCGCAACUUUUAUUAUGUAAAUACACAUAGACGAAUUUAAGGUUAAAAUCCUUAGAGCGCACUUUGACUUUGCUUAGACUUCAGACUUAAGUUUCAGUUAAAACGAGACAGAUUUAUGCCAGCUGUAUAACGCUGUCUCAUUUUAACGGUGUCUUAAGGCUGAGAAAAGUGAAAGUGAGCUCUAUAGAUCUAAGCCUAAAUAUUUAUUUAUGAUUGGGUAUCUUGGCUUAUUAACGCGAAAAUUAUCAAACUAUUCAACUAAGUAGUAGUCGCGUUCCGAUUAACGUAAGGCUCUUAAGACCCAUGACGCACCAGGCGACUGGUCGACCGGGCGUAAUGACUCUUAAGCAUUAGCACACCGACGCAAGUCACAUAUCUAGCGAAACAAUCUACACCUUUAUAGUGCUAUAAAUCAACUUUAUGUCAACGCCAUAAAGGUGUUAAUAGUUUUGCUAUCGCAUGCGAAUGCGUUGGUGUGCUAAGAGCAUUUAGGCUCUCUUCGCACUGCAUCCGGUCCUAAUCCGAUUCAAAUCCAAGAAUUCUCGACCCGAAAUAACCGUAGUACUAUUUGUAUGAAGAGUUGCGCUAUAGAACCGAAUUUCGUUCGGUUAUAUUGCGAUCCGGUUCGAAAAAAAAGCCGAAAAUAUUUCCUAUUCGGAGCAUUCACGGACCGAAUUAACUAUAGCUCGCGACAGGUCGUCAUGGCAAUCGGGGGAGGGAUGUCCUGCGCACAGCCACCGCUAAUCCGGCGCAGGAUUGCGUGGGUGACGUGCAGGUGGGGCGUGGGGGUGUGUGGGGCGUCCCUCCGUCUCAUACAUCUCUCACUCUCCUGGAGUUUUCCAGAUAUUAUUUUUCUCGAAUUCGGAUCGAAUGCAAUGCGUAAAGACCCUAAGAGUAAAAUAUAUGUUGUGUUGUGCUUGUGUGUACUAAAAGUACGUAAAUAUACAGGGUGCACCGAAGAAAGAAACGAAAGAAUCUGUCGAAGCGAAUUAAUUUAAUUAUGUAUACUAUUUAAAUAAGACAUAUAGAUGAAUUUAUAGCUUUUAAUAAUUGGGUAGUUGACUUGUUGGUGUGGAUAAGAAUUUUUGUUUUUUUAAGCCUUGGUAUCUAUCGGUUAAUCUUAAGUAACCUUAGCUUAGUUAGCCUGAGAUCUAUAGAGCGUACUUUUUUCUCUCUCGUCUGGUUUGUAACCUUGACUUUGCUUAAACUUAAGUUUCAGUUAAAACAAGACAGAUUUAUGCCAGCGGCAUAACGCUGUCUCGUUCUAACAGUGUCUUAAGGCUGAGCAAAGUCAAAGUGAACUCUAUACAUCUCAGCCUUAAGUUCGUCUCUUGUAUAGUUAAAUGUUAGUGCAAUGAAAAUGGUAAUAAACAUAUAAACCAUAAUAAACGUUAGCUUAUGCACCUUUGUAAUAAUUUUGAUCACUUUUAUACGUACGUAAACGCUGUGAUCUUUUCCUCAACAGUCAGUCUACCCAAUGUGUCCAUAAUGUGGCUAACCAUUGCACACAAUCUCUAAACUUAACUAAAAUUAUAGAUCUCUGUUUAUUGCCAUCCCUUUCAUAAUACUCCCUGCAGAAAAGGAUAGCACUAGACUCUAUCCAUUGAGAGAAGUUAAUAUAGAGUUCUCUCUGUUAUGUAAUCCCAUACAAAUGACAAAAUCAAAAAGUCCAUUGGUUUUACAAGUUUUGAGUGACCAACCAAUCACAAACGAAACUGUUUUCCCAUUGAAUUACUAAUGUUUUUGAAAAAAUGUUUGUCAUUUGUUGGUCUCUCAAACUGGUUAACGCCCACUGAAUUUUUUGUCUGUCAUGUUUAAGUGAAUAUUAUAGAUUUAGACCUCUCAAUUUAGUUUAGUUUAGAGAUUGUGAAGAACAGAAUUAGCUACAAUGGCCGCAACGCUUAGAACUGCCUUUUAAGUAAACAUUUAGUGCCAUCACAUUAAUAUAGUUAAACAUUUAAGACGUCAACCUAGUUGGUGAUAUACUUAGAAGUAAAUGUAAUGUGAAAUAUGCAAGCACAAAGUCUUUGAUUGUGAUUGUUAGGACAUGUGUUCACUGGCAAGUUUUUGGUAUACAAAUCUUGCAGAAGUAGACUUACAAAAAGCUGACUUCAGCAAGAAAUCACACUGCCAAGGAUCACUGGUAGAGAUAAUUGCUUUCCUGUCCACUUAUCGUUUUUCUUUUUACUAAUUUUUGGUACGAAUAAAAAAAAUGUGGACGGUACUUGCUAGUGAACACGGCCUUAUGUUAUGAAUUAGGGCAGAUUCAGACUAGCGUUUUUCUGCGCGAAUUACUCUCGUUUUAGGCGGCGCGACACUGAGGGCGAAAUUAAUUCUAGUAUCGACUAUUCUCACAAAUUAGUCGAUACUAGAAUUAAUUUCUUAAACUGGACCCUUUCAAGUAAAGAUUUUUAUAUAAACCUGUGAGGAUGAUACUGCCAUUGUCGCAAUUAAAAUACCAUAAGCCUACGUUGUCGUAUUAGUUUAUAAAUUGCGAAAAACCAAAUUAAAUUUGAAUUUCGCGGGCAGGCCCGUCGCUUCCACCUUAAGUAACAUGGCGGAAAGUCAUCCCUAUUCUUAUUUUUGACAGCAUUAUAGUAUGUUAUGAACUUAACGUUUAAACAAUCGAGAGUGAUUUCCAUUAUAAGUAUAGCUUGUUACGGCUGUACUCACGUAUUUAGUCGACAUAAGCCCGUUAUAGUUUUGAACCUUUUCGAACCCAUUCAGGGUCCUUUUUCAUAGAGACUUGGCUCGCUGCGCGUCGCGGUUGAGACUCUGAUGAUGGGUUCGAAAAUAGUCGAGUAUACGUCGACUAAAUGCGUGAGUAUAGCCGUAACAAUCUAUAAGUACUUUUAAUAUUAUGAACUGUUUGUCUUAUGCGUAUUAGGCUGGAAAGUGGAAACCAGUCUUAGUUCCUUUCAAGGUUGUUAUAUUAUAAUGAAGUGUUUUUAGUACUAGUGCGAACUUGUGAUCAGCGUUGUGGCCAUGGGUAAUAUAUGUAGUGAGUAUGUGACGUCGCUGUGUAUGUACAAAGUAUAUUUUUUGAAUAUUUAUUAUAUUAUGAUCAUAAUUUUAAAAUAAUUAUACUCUGUUGAUCUGUU